CACGUCGUGUGUUGGUAUCGGCGUUUUCGUCAAAAGAAGUGAUGUGACGCACAUUGGCUAUACAAGUCGAUUUUUAUACCUUGCGAAAAUGGAAACGGACCUUUCACCGCUGCGUAAGGACUUAGAUCCGAAUUUGACGGCAAAUUAUUCGAAUCGCACUUCCUUUUUGAUUGAGGAUAUUUUGUAUCGUCAAAAGUUGAAUCAGAACGACAUUGGAUUAAGUCCCAAACUCGUCGACCAUCAGGAGAUCCAUCCGUCGUCCUACAAACAGAGCCCAGUAGUUAAGUGCGAGGAUGAAAAAAGUUAUGUGCACAAGCGGUGUGAAAAAUCCGGGUAUACGUACUUCCAGCCACAUCUACAUCCGAAUAUAAAUGGAUGCGUGCAGAAUUUGCAACCGACGGAAAAUGGCUACAUUCAGGUGAUGGGAGCACUUGGAGCCUAUCUAGGUACUCCGUAUAAAAGUAUUUCCGAUCACCCCUACUUUCUUGCACAAGGACUACCCUUCCACCCCGCACUAUUUGGUAGCAGUCCAAGCGAAAUAUCAUUAAACGCGUUAAAACACUGCAGGCGAAGAAAGGCCCGAACAGUUUUUAGCGACCCACAACUGACAGGAUUGGAAAAAAGAUUUGCAGCGCAACGAUACCUGUCAACACCGGAACGCGUAGAACUAGCUGGCGCCCUCAGCUUAAGCGAAACCCAAGUGAAAACCUGGUUUCAAAACCGUCGCAUGAAACACAAAAAACAAAUGCGGAAACUACAAGAAGACAAAUCGGGGUCUUCAUCGACCAACAUAGAUAAACAACUGCCAUCGGAAACGAAAAGCGCUGAUACUCCCGUGGAUUUUUCGGGACGAAUUCCUAUAGAACCCAAAUCAAACAGCGAGUCAAGAUCUUUACACCAAUCUCAGGAUUCGGAUUUGAGCGAUUGCGAUAGCGAUAUUGACAUAGUUGGAGAUACGAAAUCAAUUGUAUAUUCGUAUAAUGGUGCUUAAUGAAAACCGACGAAAUCUGUUAUCUUCUUAGAAUAUGGACGAAACGUAAUGUGUACACUGCAGAAAAGUUAAAAAAAGACCUUCAUAACCUUACCAGAUGAUCGCUUGACACAACAAUUUUUAAUGCUUCUCGAGCCCCACAAAAAUUUUAUACAGAUUGUCCCAACUAAAGUUUUCGUCUUCCUGGGUAGCGUCGUUGAUCAUCAGAUGAGCUGCAGUGUUCUUUUUUUAUAGUAAUUUGAAUUUGCUUAUUUCAAUUUUUUGUGCCCGCCACUGCUGCCAAUGCCAAAAUUUCUUUAACAUACCUCAAAAUACUGACGAACGAAAUUGUAACUGUGCCUGGAGGCAGUGAUAAUGCACUUCUUUUUUGUAUGUGUAUUUUUGAAUGCACAUACAAAAACGUCGGUCUGUAGCAUAGGUACCAUAACGAAUAACUGAAAUCACCUUCAAAUAAUUUGUCACACGUAUAGGUACCAUUAUAUAGACAGAGUAUACAUUUUAAUGUGGUGGCUACCCCUGUAAGCAGAUGAAAUUUAACACUUGAAGAUAAGGUCAAAUGUGGUUUCCUGGUCAAUACAAUUUCGACUUGCUCGAGCAUUUUGUUGUAAAUAUUCGGAAACUGCGGUUUAAUAGAAGAUACAAAUCUCUAUUGGAAGAUCUUGUACAUAAGGCAACAUUUGUACCUACCUAGAUAAGGUUUUCAAGUAGGUCCAUUUCAGUUUACAAAAAAAAUUGUUGUGCGUCAAAGGGAUAUUAUAUACUAUAGUCACAUUUGUUUAUAUGUAAAUUUGAUUCUAAAAAUUAAGGAGUAAUUGUAAGAAAUGUUUUAAGUAAUAUUUGUUA